GAAACGAAACUCCCGAAACAAAUUAAAUAAAAACAAAUUCUCAAAAAACAAUAAAAAUUUUGAAUUUAUUUUGGUUUUCCUUUCUUUUCCUUUCUCUGUUGGAGAUGAAUGGAAAAGGAAAAGAAAGCGAGGAAGUGAAAAUGGAGGUAGUUAACAGAGAGCGCGUGGUUUUCAUGUGGGGAUAUUUACCUGGAGCGUUACCGCAACGGAUGCCGCUUUUGUCGCCCGUUACUGUGCGGAUUCCGGCUUCUGUUGGUUGUUCCUGGGCCGACGUAUGCGGUGGAGGUUGCGGAUUUGCCAUGGCCAUUUCUGAUUCAGGAAAGCUUAUCACUUGGGGUUCAACGGAUGAUUUAGGUCAAAGCUACGUCACAUCUGGGAAGCAUGGGGAAAAUCCAGAGCCAUUUCCACUUCCAACUGAAGCUUCUGUAGUAAAAGCAGCAGCAGGUUGGGCACACUGUGUUGCAGUUACAGAAAAUGGAGAAGUUUAUACCUGGGGGUGGAAAGAGUGUAUUCCCUCAGGGAAGGUAUUUGGUGAUCCAUCCAUGGGGACAAGCUUAGAGAAGGAUGUAUUUGAAAGACAGAACUCGUUUUUGACAGAGCAAGUGAGCCCUCGUUCUCAAGGCUUAAGAUCAAGUGGUGGAACAUUUUCUGCCUCUGAUAGUAAAGGAGGUGGAGAGGAAAGUACAAAAAGAAGAAGAAUAUCAUCAACAAAACAGUCUGCUGAAAGCUCAUUGUCUGGUGAUGAAACUCUCUCAGCAUUGCCAUGUCUAGUAACUUUAAACGCGGGAGUGAGGAUUGUGACUGUAGCUGCCGGUGGCCGCCAUACUCUGGCAUUAUCAGAUAUUGGGCAGGUAUGGGGUUGGGGCUAUGGAGGUGAAGGACAGCUUGGUUUAGGUUCUAGGGUACGUAUGGUAUCCUCACCCAAUCUUGUACCUUGCAUUGAGUCCUCUUCUUAUGGGAAAGAUAGAACUGCUGCACUUUCUCAAGGUAUCUUGAGUUCAGAAGGGCAGGGUUUUAGAGUUCCUGGAAGUUAUGUGAAGCAAAUUGCCUGUGGAGGGCGACACAGUGCGGUAAUAACAGAUGCUGGGGCACUACUUACUUUCGGUUGGGGACUCUAUGGACAGUGUGGGCAAGGAAGUACAGAUGAUGAAUUAAGCCCGACUUGUGUUUCUUCCUUAUUGGGCAUCAGGAUAGAGUCAGUUGCAGCAGGACUAUGGCACACGGUUUGCAUAUCGGCUGAUGGUGAUGUGUAUGCAUUUGGUGGGAAUCAGUUUGGGCAGUUGGGAACUGGUGGUGAUCAAGCUGAGGUUUUAUUUCAUUUUUUUCCCUAUUUCGAGGUUUUGGAAUUAACCUCUGUAAUUGAAUUUCAAAAUCAGACUCUUCCCAGGAUCUUAGAUGCUCCAAGUUUGGAAAAUACACAUGUGAAAGUUGUCUCAUGUGGAGCUCGUCACAGUGCUGUAAUCACAGAGGAUGGGAAAGUAUUCUGCUGGGGAUGGAACAAGUAUGGCCAGCUUGGCUUGGGUGACGUGAUUGAUCGCAAUAUUCCUUCUGAAGUUACUAUCGAGGGUUGUGGUGCUAAAAACAUUGCAUGCGGCUGGUGGCAUACCUUGCUUCUGGCCGAGUCAGCCACUUGAGUGCAUUGACCCAGGCCUCGGAACAGUUUUGUUAGGUUAGCAGUUCCUUUUGAGUUGAUGUACCCAUAUAAGUUAUAUGUAUAUGUACAUACUGUAGCUCAUAUACAUAUAUGCAUGUUCUGAUUUUUUCAUGGCUGAGGUUCACCAUGAUAAGGUUGACUUUUACGAUCAAGAUGUACACCGUUAGUAGGUUCAUUGUGUAUAUUCGUAGAUCAUAUAGUAAUUCGAACUAUAAUAUGCAAUCAGAUGCCUUGAAAAGCUUAGAUUUGGGUGUAA